GCCAGCCCUGGCACACCAUACAUGUACAUGAAUCGCUCGCCGUCGGUACUCACUAUUGACAGUAACAGCCGUGACUGGUUCACACACACACACGAGUCUGUAGCUCUUAAAGCACAUGCACAAAGAGACCUCCUUACCUGCGACAACACCGCGUGCGUGUGUGUACAUAUUACUUCGGUUGGGCUCAAGUGUUCCAAGUCCUUUGUGGGAUUACUUAACAGAACUUGGAUUUUGUUAUCCAAAAAAAAAGGAAAGAAGUACUGUCUUGUUGUAUGCUGUACCGUGAUUGUAUCAAGUUGAAAGCAAUAUAUCUACCAUUUGUCCUGCCUUGAUACCCACACGCCAUGAUGGAGACACACGUGCCGCACGUACCCCUGGCACAGCACGGUGACACGCCAGACCCAGACGCCAUCAAGAUGUUCGUGGGUCAGAUCCCCCGCACCAUGAAAGAGGACGAACUGAAGGAAUUCUUUGAGAAGUUUGGCGAGGUCUACGAGUUGAACAUCUUACGAGACAGAAACAAGGAGAACGAGAGCAAAGGCUGUUGUUUUGUGACUUACUUCACACGCCAGGCGGCCAUAGAAGCACAGAAAAAGCUCCAUAAUCUCCACAGGAUGCCCCUUAUGAAGAAUGCUAUUCAAAUGAGGCCUGCCGAUAGCGAAUCUAGAAACGUCAAUUUUGCCUUGUCCACAGUCGAAGACAGAAAGCUGUUUGUUGGCAUGGUAUCCAAGAAUGCCACAGAGAACGACAUCCGGGUGAUGUUUUCAGCGUACGGCUCAAUUGAGGAAUGUCAUAUAUUACGGGAAAGCGAAAAGAGCAAAGCGAGUUGUGCCUUUGUAACGUUUUCAACAAGACAGAGCGCCCUCAACGCCAUCGCUGCACUACACCAGUCAACAACAAUGGAGGGCUGCACCUCGAAGCUUGUGGUCAAGUUUGCCGACACAAUAAGAGAGAAGGAACAGAAGAGAAUCCAGGCCAUGAACCAGGCGCUUAACAGCGGACUCGCCAACAACUUCAGCAGCCAGUACUUUGCGCUCAAUUCACCACUGAAUCAGGCAAACUUGGAAAAGAUGUUGGUGAACCUUAUGCAACAUGCAUCCCAGACCGGUAACUUUGGAGCACUCAGCGGCAUGCAACAGCUAGCAUCCAUGGCAAGCCAGAAUACAUGUACCACAGGGGCCAAUGUCGCUGCAGCAGCAGCAGCAGCUGCAGCAGCCGCAGCUGCCAACCAGUCAUUACAGGGAAUGGGCAAUGCAGUCAAUCAGGGUCUUUUGGAAGAACCAUUGUAUUCAUACAAGGACCAAUCAGAGCAUUCAUUGGCAGGCGGUACCCUGUACAAGAGUGCUGGUAGCUCCGGCGCCAGCAACCGCUCAGGUAACAGUUCCUUUGGCAACCAAGGAGGAGCUGGUUCCUAUGGCAACCAGAGCGGCAAUGAUUCCUAUGGCAACAACCAGAGUGAUAAUGGCGCCUUUGGCAACCAAGGCGCUAGCGGCAGUGGCCCCGGUUUUAUGGCCGGUGGGAUACAGUCUGGAGCCCAAGGCGGUGGAUCGAGCGCGGCAAACUCUAGCAAUCUGUCUGGACUUUUGGGCCUACAAGCACUUAAAGGGUUGUACCCCUCCCAUACUGCUGUCACUGCUCGUACUGCUCUUCUUCACGAACCUCAGAAACGAGCUAUGAUGGGAAACACAGGGUCCUGCCUAUCUGGGUCUGGCUUCGGACUGGGCGGAAUGACAGGCAGUAAGCCGUUACGAGCAUACCCUGGCCAAGCGGCAGAACGCAGUAUGUGGGACACCCAGGGUUCGGGCAUGGGAAGUGGAAUGAGUGGGAUGAACGGGCUUGGCUCCGGGUCCAGUUUCGGAGGCGGCCUGGGAGCUGGCAAUUCUAGCACGUCUGGACUGGACUUAAAUGCCCUGACACAGGCCUACUCAGGAAUCCAGCAGUAUGCAGCACAAUUUUCAAAUGGACUUGGAGCCAACUACCAGCAGCAGGCACUUAACACAAAACAAAAAGAAGGCCCGGAGGGCGCCAACCUGUUCAUCUACCACCUCCCACAAGAUUUCACAGACGCCAACCUGCUGCAGAUGUUCACUCCGUUUGGCUCCGUCAUCAGUGCCAAGGUGUUCAUUGAUAAGAACACCAACCUCAGCAAGUGUUUUGGCUUUGUGAGCUAUGACAACCCUGUCUCAGCGCAGGCCUCUAUCCAAGCCAUGAAUGGUUUCCAGGUGGGCGCCAAACGCCUUAAGGUCCAGCUCAAACGACCCAAGGAUAAACCAUACUAAUUAGCGAAGAAAAGGCUGCCACACAAAUUGCAAUAUAAUAGAUCACUUCUUCUGAUUCUGUCCGUUGCUGUCCCAACUGUCACCAUGUUCACGUCUUGACCGUGUCAAUGCUCGUAGCCCUUCGGAUGUAACCGUACCAUCUGCGUUGUUGUGUGGCGUCACGUACCGUGUCAAAAACCGUCCGCAUUUGCGUCCAAAUCACGCAUAGCUUUUGAUUUCAAUGUUGUUCACGUCAUGUCUCGCUAUAUGUAUAACAAACUACAAGUGUACAAAACUUGGUUGGAUUUUUUUCUCUUACAAAACCGCCAUCUUGGCAUAUAUAACACUUUGAAAAGUCACUAUGAUUUAGAGGCACCGGCCUACUUUGGGCAAGAACGCCAUUUUAGCUGGAAACCAAAAUGGCUGCUCUUUAAUUUAUAGGACUGUUUGUAAUAGUCUAGAAGAUUACAAAGCUUAAAAUAUAAAAAGCGAAUCACGGCUUUAGAUGUACAUGUAUCAUUAGGUAAAGGUCCGUUUUAAAUGUGUUUUUUCAAAGUUCUCAUUGUCUUGAUUGUUUGUUACUUAACUGUGGCGGAAAGUGUCUCGUCCAAAAACUCACAGUUGGUUUGAAAGUUAAAGGUUUGAAACCACCUUCUACAAUCAAAGUGCAAGAACUAAAUCCUCACUGUUCAUGACGGACAUUAGAGAACUUUCAAAAUAACAUGCAACAUUUAUUGAAAUACAUGUAUGUAUAUACCCCCAACUUAUCUCAUACACAAGGCGGGUUCGUACUUCACAAGGAUGCGAAUGUGAAUCCAGUUCGACUUCAUGACACAUUUGCAGCGAAAUUCGCCAGAGUUGACAUGAGCUCAAGUUUUGUAAAUUCGCAGCACAGGUAAUUGCCAUGAUGUCAGGAAUCUGCUAUUCGCAUUUGCUUUUGCAUGAAGUAAUCAACCGGUCUUUAAACAUCAAAAUGAGAAAAAAUGUUCCUUCAAGAUUGGAUUAUAACUUCAUAACAAUUUGGGUUUUGUUUUUAAGAUUUGCUCUCAGUCUUCAAGAUUUCAAAGUAGACCUUUCCAGCAUUCAUGUAAUGUGAAAUGGGCAUAGCCAGUGUGACACCAUCUUCACAAAAAUAGGAAAAUUAUGAACUUUGUAAGAAAAUAAUGUCAAAUCAUGCAACAUACUGUUUCUUAAGAAAGAAAGAAUUUUUGUAGAAACAAAUAAAUGUUCUCUCACAAGAUGAAGAUUACAUAUGAACUUUUCAUCGGAAAAUAAAUUAUGUCAUGAAUGCUUGAACUCAAUAAUAGCAGCCUCUUCAUUGGCUUAAUAUGUCAGACCCGUAACUAAUACUCACUUCUGAUCUAUGUUGUGAUUGUCAAAAAAAAUUCAUGCAAAUACUUCUUGUAAAUUGUAAAUGUGCCGGGCAAGAACAUAUCUAUCAUUUAGGGCUACCUGUUUGUCUCCCCAUUUUUGUUUUGCAUUUCUGAUCAGAAAUUUGUAAAUAAACGAGAAUGAUCACAAGUUGUAAAAAAACACAAAAGUUAGAUUUAGGCAUUGACUGCUGAAUUGUGUUGGCAUGGUAAUGUACAUAAUUCUGUAGAUUUGAUCGUUGUGCUGUUGCGAUAUCACUGCUGCUAGUUUGAGACCUUUCAUUUUAUUCAAAAGAAAAAAGAAAACAAAUGAGAUCAGUUUCAAUUUGUAAAAAAAAAAUAUUUAAGUUCAAUUUGCAAUAGUGUGUUUUGGGGAUUUUGUUCCAAAAAAUGGUAAGGUUUUCUGUUUGUCAUGUUUGAUAUUCAAAACUGCUGUGUUUGAGAAGUUUGUCAAGAGUUUUCUUGUUUGGUAGAUCAGAACUGUAAACUAGGAGUUUCUUUAGUAGAUUCAUUUAUAAGAAUGUUUCAGCCAAACGCAGCUAUUCAACUGGUAGCCACUAGGUUUACGUGCCUAAUCUGCUCGUAAUUGCCAUUUCGAUUAUCUCGCUGUAGGAUACAACUGGCAGUUGUUUUUGCAAUUUAUACAAUUUAAAACAAAAAAUUAUAAUCUAAUGAUUUAAGCUGGAGCUAAAAUCCUUUUGAAAAUUUGUUGUUGAGGAAUUUUGGAAAUGACCCCCAUGUUUUUACUCUGUGGGAUCUCGUCCAAAGUUAAAAUAAAAAAUUGGUGUCACUUUUUCGCAAAGAUUAUAGUUAAGAAUAUGUAACAAACUAAUGUAAAAAUGUACGUGAAGUGUUUUGAUGCACCUUUUCAGGUAUAUAUUUUGAAAGUCGUCAGGGAUUGAAGGCGAUGGCGGAGAAUGUCGACGAUAAUGAUGGGUUUGAUUUUUAUUUCCGGAAAAAGAUGUGGAACUAAAAAGCUCUUUUUUUUAUUUACUGAAGUUUUUUUUUAAUCACACAAGUUCCAUUUUUUCAAAAGCCAACUUUGGCUUGACGUGUACCGUUAGAACUUUUUUUUUUUAGUUUCACUUAUUGGUAGUAUUUUUCAAUGUUUUUUUUUUUUCUGUGACCCUUCAUAUAUAAGUGUUGAACUUGCAGUUGGGUGCAUUGUCGUGUACUGCAAUAUUUAAUUAACAAACAAAUAAGUGUGUACAUACAGGACUGUAUUGUAUACUACUUAAAAAUAUGAUUUCAAAAUUAAGAUUGUUCGAUGGCUGCUAUGAAAAAAAAUAGUAAAAGAAAAAUGUCCCAUUCUUUUUUCUGUGAAGAAAAUCAAUAGUUGUAGGAAAAAGACUGAAUUAAGUGAGAGUUGAUAUUUAGGAGUAAUGUUUGAUAUUGACAUGUAAUUUGACGGAAUGUUUUUGUGCAUGUUAGUCGUUUCAUAUUUAGCUUUAUCCCCAUCCAAUCUCAAGAAUGUUUAUUAUUUUUUGUUGGCGAUAUUUCUUGGGAGAAGUCAUCCGUUUCGAUCAAUCUUUUAGAAGAUUGCGUAAUUUUUUGAGAGUUUUUGGUUGUUUAAGUAAUGAUCUUGUGUAUAUUAAACUCAAUGUAUUCAAUGAUGGUUGUUGUUCAACGUAAGGAAGCAUGUUCAUUCUUUGACUAUUUUCAGCAAUUAUUUUAAUCGUUUUAUUUAACAAAAGAAAAGUUUGUUUGUUCGUUCUCGCUUUCUCUUAUAGUUAGUGUUAGUUUCUUGGUCUGACGUUUAACGGUCUUGUUUACCAGAAUAUGUAUCUGCAUUGAUUGUUAACAAAAGUGUUCAAAAUUGUUGUUUGUUGUUAAAGUAAAUGUUAGUUAGUUCCUGUAGUUGUGUACAUGUAACACUCACAUUAACAGUUUGUUCCCAUCUUUUGUUUCAAGAUUAGUAAUUGCUAUAUCUGUUAGGAAAAGGAAUCAGUGGUCACCUUUAAUAUUUGUGAUGAAUGAGAUACAAAGUAGUUGUGUUCCUUGCUUGUACUGCCAUUAUUUAAUUGCUGUAGUUGUUUCAUGUAUAAAUCUAAUGUCACUUACUGUUGUGUACAUCCUUAAUAUGUUAAAUUCUUUAGCUAAGUUAUUAAGUUUUUUAAAUUAAUGAUCAAGAUCACUUACUUUGCAUUUAUAUUGUUACCAAGUAAGCUUAAGCAUAUUUUUUUGGCCAAGAAAGUGUGCCAUCAUGUUUUUGUUCCCCUAGAGGUAAAUUUUAGUCAUUUUAAAUAAUUACUGAAAUGAUUAAUCAAAAAGUUUUUCAUCAUACAGGGUUUUAAUUUUUAUUUUGUUUUUCCUGGCAGGGAGUUGUUGAGAUAGACAAGUUGGAAUGUGAGGUUGUUUUUCGAGAUUGGUUUUUUUUUUUUUUCGAGAAUAUCUGGAUCGCUUUCUUUAAAACUUGAUAGCCAUUUCCUUUUAGAAAUAGCUUAAUCAUAGGUCAGUCGGCUGUGUUCUUAAGUACUUGCUAGUCAAAAGUUGCAAAUAGCAUUACUAUCCUUCAUUCAUAAGGGGGAAAAUGUAGUUUAUCAAUCAUCAAAACUAAUACAAGGUAUUUAACCGAAUUCCUUAUUGUGGAGAAGAAAAGAUGCCCUGUUUCAGUGGAAGAUUUCCCGUCUUGGAACUGCGUUGAUGGGAUGAUAAUUCACUAUCAAAAGUAUUUUGUUUUCCUUUCUAUAAAUGUAGGGGUGGUUUCUUUUUAUCCAAGUACCCGGUGUCCUGUAGUUGUACUUGUGUGCGAUACACCAGCCAUAGCAUUACUGUCAGCAUUCAUGUACUGUCGUUGUUUGAUAACGUUUUACAACAAACCGUGCAAUCAUGAGGUGCACUAAAGAUGUAUAUAAAAACCGAGAAAAAAAAGAAGAGAGAAAAAGAGCUGUAUUCCUGUGCAUUUCAAUGAGUAAAAUGCGUUCUCUAUUAUAUUCGUGUAUGUGGAUACCACUCUUUUCUUGUCAGUCCAUGUGCCAUUUUUGAAGCAUUUCAUGUUUGUGGUUUCCCCCCUCAUUUUUAUGUUCUUAAACAAAAUUUUCUGGGUGAGAUUGAGAGAGCACCCAAAAGUAUACCAAGAACUGACAGAUUUACGAUUUGUGUUAAAAAAAAAACAAAGCAAAAAGCAAAGAGGCAAGUUGGUUUUAACCGAGAGUUGGUUUUGACAACUUAUAUAGUUUCCAAAUUAUUGGUUUCUGAUAUUGUCACGGUAUUUUGGUUGGAAUUGGAUGAGCCUUAGUUUGAAAAAGUCCAUUUGUGUAUUUGGGGAAAUAUUGUAUCUGUUAAUCUUGUCAAUCAUCUUCAAUCAUGUUGUAUUUUGUUAAUGUUGGUUUUACAUGGGAAGUUUCUCUGUGGAUGUUGUUUGUUUGUACUCUUUACGCUUACUUGUUGCGAUGUCAUCGUAGUCUGUAAUGUUAAUGAUGUAGUUGUAUGUAAUACUGUGAUAUUGAGUGUCUGUCUAAAAGUACCUGGCAAUGUUUGGCCAAUGUUUUUAUCCCCCCCCCCCCAGCUGAUUCUGCUUCUUAAUUCAUGAAGUAGGAAAUAACCUCAAAUACUUUUUACACUUUCCAUAAUCUCAGUGUUUGAACCCCUUUCACAUUUGCAAGAAUCCAACAUGGCUUCUACAUCAGUCCUUUGGCUAAAAUCAAGCCCAGGUUGAGAGACUCUACCCAGGUAGACAAUCCCAAAUCCAUUGCUGACCCGUAUACAAAACCCGGGUGUACACACAGACCUAGUGUGAAUGGUAGUCCUUACUACCAUGAGGAUCCCAAUUCUGCUUGAUACAUAUUGAUUUCAACACGGGUGGGUGAGACAGUAUUGGCAAAAGGCCUAAACAGUUGUUGCUCAUAAGCACGGUUUUAAGAUGGCCCCUCAAACAGCCAGCACUGGCUACUGGUAAAUGCAAAUGCCUGUUUCUGUUGGCAAUUGUUAAGAAAGCUUAGUUUGUAAGGCUAAAAUGACUCAAACUGUUUGCUCACUCAAAUUUUGCUUUGCACUUGAGGAAUCCAGGCCCCCCAAAAAUGUAAAUUUGUAGUUGCCACAUGCCUAGAUACAUGUACCUGGUAUUGUGGCUACCAUCUUUAUGUGAUGGCUGCCUGUUCCAGGUAGCCAUCUGUUCAUGAAAGCUGGCAUCUCAACUUCCUGCCAUUCCCUUCUGGCUGCCUACAUUUAGUGGCAUUCUGUCCAUGUUGGCUACCUAUCCCUACUGGCCACCAUUCCAUGCUGGCUACCUAUCCAUUGUGGCCUUCUGUUCAUGUUGGCUUCCUAUCCCUACUAGCCACCAUUAAAUGGUGGUUGCCAAUCCAUAGUGGCUUUUGUUCAUGUUGGCUACCAAUCCAUACUGGCCACCAUUAUGUCAUGGCUGCCUAUCCAUAGUGGCCUUCUGUUCAUGUUGGCUACCUAUCCAUACAGGCCACCAUUUCAUGCUGGCUGUCUAUCCGUGGCCUUCUGUUCAUGUUGGCUACCAAUCCCUGCCGGCCACCUUUCCAUGAUGACCGCCUAUCCAUUGGCAUCCAUGGUACAUGUAUAUCUGCCUGUUUAAUGGUACAUACAUGUAAUCAGUUUGACAGUCGGAAACAGGAUAUAUCUAGCAAGAAUUUCAUCAGCCAAUACUAGCCAGGUUUAUUUAGACAGUACACGUUGAUGUCACUGUGUUUUUCCUUGUCUGUACGUAUGUAUCCAUAUUGUCAUGACAAUUCAUUAAAAAUUAGUCUAAUCUGUAGUCCAUA